AUCAAGGGACAUUUUAUUUUCAGAUUUCGUAGUGCUGGGUAGAGGUCCAGUUUAUGUUUCAUAAUGAAUGAUUCUAUGGAAACUUCGAUGGUGUAUUCGAAGCAUGAAGAAAAUUUGGAAAAUGAGGAAGAUCCGAAUGUAAAAUCUGAUAAUGAAAAAUGUGAAUCGCCUUCUCAAAAAAGUGGAAUCGAGCCUUCUAAACCUAGGCGGCGGGGAAGGAGGGGGAAAAGGCGUAAACAGAGGAAGGACAGCAGCGCCGUGUGCGAAAACGAAGCGCAUGGGGAGCACGAGGCGGGAGAGUCGAACGAUUGGAAGUCGGAUGAAGAUCUGGACAGUAAACUCGGUAGUUACAUGGAUACCGUGAUGGUACGACCGAUCAAUGUUCCGAAGGCCCCUGAGAAUUAUAACACGUUCAUCAUGGAUGAGCAUGAUGAGUGUCAUUUGUACAUGAGUUUUGAAACACCAAAUCCUUACAUGGCGAAUACAGAGGAGCUGCGAGAUCAAAAUUGUGCGAUUACUGAGCCUUUUGAAGAUGCUGCCUACAUAGAUAUCGAUUACGAGUACGAAUCUCCUCAGGACUUUGACAACGUUGCAUACUAUGACAAAGAGUUCGAAGAGUCGUACAAAAAUAAUCGUUUUGACGAGCUCGUACGUUUGUCGAGAGAAGAACUUAUAGCAGGAAUUCAGGAUUUGGAAAGGAGAUUGCGAGAGUUGAGUGAGGAUUUAGUCAGAGAAAACCCUAGUCCUGUACUGGAGAAGUUGCAAGCAGAACUUUUAGAGCUGCAAGAAAAGCAUUUGGAAUUGAAAGAAUGCAAUGCUAGAUUGACUGCAUUGGUGAUGGACAGUGAAACUGGAUCUGCGCCGGGUGAAUCCCCUGCAAAUUCUCAAACUCUCACUGAUGGAUUUUCUCCUCAAAGUGAUUUAGUGAGUCCAAGUCAUACGAUUGAGUCAAAAUGUGAGUUAGUGUUGAGCGAACAGUCACCAAGAAAAGGCUGGAGUCCCUAUAGUCCAGCUGAUAACAGAAGAAGUCAGGGAGACAUGCCAUACAUCGAGGAUGAUUCAGUGUUGUUUUCAAGGACUUCUGAUGUAUUAAAAGUUGACAGCACUGAUGUGAAUGUAAAUACAGAAUCUGUAUUGAGUGCCAAGGACGGAGAAUGUUGGCUUUCACCAACAUCUGAUUUUACGUUAAAGACAUCUGACAUUAAGGUGGAGAACUCUUUGAACAGUUCUGAGGAGGGAGAAUCCCAAAACUUAAAGCACCUUUCAGAAUCCGGGUAUGAUGUAGAUAAAAAAACUUUCAAAAGUGAUCUGGUCCACAAUCCAAAGCUUAGCCCUAAAGAGAUGUCUAAUAAUAUGUCAACAUUAGAAGAGCUGAACUCUGUGACUGUAUAAUCGAAAUGCCUAACUUUGUGGUUGGAAGGUCUUUCAAAUAAGUGCUUAGCUUGCUCCAUAGUUUGACUUGAGAGAGACCUUUUACUUUUAGAUCAUUUGCUUUCUAAUUUGUUUUAGAGACUAAUUAAAUAUCUACUGUAUAUAUGUGCAUGUAAGAAAUUAAGAUUGCAGAAUUUUUCUGAUUGAAAUGAGAUUUGUUCUCUGACUUAUUAGUGGCAAUGUUUAAAAAAAUAGAAUUUUUUUAAAAUUUCUCCUUCUUUAUGUAUAUGUUGAAUUGGCUAAAUGUAUAUGAAGAUUUUCAUAUAUAUAAAGUAUUCGCUUUAAUAUUUAAAAAUGAAAUAUCUUAGUAAUUUGCCACUAAAUAAGGUAAAUUUCAAUGUAUAAAGCAGUAUUGUUAUCAUUUCUUAAUUUUAACUUAAUUUUAUUUUUCCUGAAGUAAAUUAAUAUAAUUAUUAAAGAUAAUAAUUACAGGUAAAUUAAACUUUUUAUAAAGAAAUUUAUUAUACUCUACAAAAUGACUUAAAUAUUCAUAAUGAGUAACUUUGAAAAUAUAACAUUGGAAAUUUGUUUUUAUUUAAAUUCUAGUUUUUGAAAAAUAUCAAAUUUUAAUUUUUCAAAUUAUGACAAGGUCAGAAAAUUUUCUGGAUAAAUAAUUUAUUUUAAAUUACUCAUCUGUCGAGGUUGAACUCCAGCAUUUAAAAGCAAACUUAAAUAAUAAUAAUAAUAAUAUUUUAUUAGCAUAAUUAAUGUUAACUGUUUUAUAAUUUUAAUGGAUUGAAAGAUUCUUGGUACAAAAGUAUUAAAAAUUUUAAAAGUACUUAUCUUUAUAUUUUUUAUUAGAUAUACUAAUAUUUUAUUCAAAAUAAAAAUGGAGAAUCUCUUUGUAAAAUAAUGAAAUUUUAAAGAAAUAUAUUUUAAAAUGGUAAAAGAGAGUAAAAUUUAGAAAUUUGUUCAAGUCAAAAUUACUUAUUUGAUACCAUUGUUUCUCCCAAAGAAAUCUAGUCUCAAUGUAAAUGGUUAUUGAAAAUGUAUCUGAAGAUUUUCAUAUCUAUUAAGCACUUGGCAUAUUGUUUAUAAAUAAAUUUUUGUAGUAAUUUACUUAUAUCUAUUUUUGAGUUAUAGUUUGUUAUUCAAUUUAAUUAAGUUUAUUUACAAAAAGAAAGUUUAAUUUGAAAUUAUAAGUAAAAUAUCUCUCUCAAUCGCAUCUUGGCUCUCAAUAUUCUGUUUACAUCACAGUGUAUAAAAACAAAUAUUAAUGUAUAGACUUUUGGUGUCUUUCAUGUAUUUUUAAAGUUAUUUUUGUUUGCUCUUAAUAUGCAUGCAUAAACUGGGUCAUUGUAUAGAUGAAUAUUUUAUAUGUUUUAGUGAUCUUUAGCAGGAGAAGUAAAUUUUCUUGUAAAAAAUGCAAUGGUUAUGUGAAAACUAUUGUCAAAAAUUAUAUUUCAAGAUUAUAAUGUAAUAAUUUUUUUUAUUUUGUUGGAAAAUCCUAUAUCAUUAUAGGAGAGAUUUAAUUUAAAAUUCACGAAAUUGAAUUGAAACAAAACAUUUUAUUUAGCUGGAAAAUUGUUGUUAAAAUCAAUAAGUUUCAAUAGUUGGCAGUUCCUGAUUUAGCAAAAUAAUCUCGAAUGUUAUCAGAAGUAAUGUUAAAGCAAUUGCUGAACUAUUGUCAUUAAAAAAAAUUAAGACUCCUGUAAACUUCAACCAUUGAAAUGUAAAGCUUUUUAAUUCUAGUCUUGCACUCACUAAGUUAAUAGGAAAUGUUUUGUGCUCGUAAUUUUGUAUUCAUUUAAAAUUAAAAUGUUUAAAAUGCAUGUUUUUAGAAUUUAUCUAUAUAUGCAUAGAAUUUACAUGUAAUUUUGAUUAUAAUUUUAUUCUUAUAAAUGUUUUUUCAUUUGAUGAAAGUUAUAAAAUUAUAUUUUCUGCUUUUUAUAAUAUGUAUUCAUUUUGACAUCAUGUCUUUAAGGUGAAAAUAUGUAUUUAUAAUGUUAAAAAUGAUCAUGAAUUAAGGAAUUUUUGUUGCAUUGUUUAGCAAAUAAAUAUUUUUUCUGUCAUUA